AUGCUUCCUCCAACGUCCACCCCAAUCUCCUCCAUAUUCACAGAAAGAAAGCGCAAAAUCUUAUCUCAGCUCGAAAUUCCCGAGGAAGAAUACACCGAUCUCUCACCCAAAGGCAGUGUCGAUGCUCGGAUUCGAAGUUUUGUUGACGAGAUCAACGCACUACCAGGCUUCGUGACGACGAGUAGCUGUGCUGGCAGAGUUUCGGUGUUUGUGGAUGGGAGUGGGAAGAAAGUAACGGCCUCUGUCAAUGCUGUCGAUCCUGAUGAUGACUUCGAAAGCGAUGAAGACCAGAGCGACAGGAAGGCUGCUUCAGCGACUUCUGCUGCGGGUGGUGGUAAAGGCGGUGGGUCUUGGCUGUUCGUCUCGCAUGAUCCGGUCGACUUGAAAGCAUUGAAGGACGACGGCGAUGUGCUCGAACUGUGUGGUCUCAGCAGAGACUCGAAGAUUUCAUUCCCUUCUCCUGAUGAUUCGAGACCGAGAUUUGUACAUUUCAGAUUCGAGCCGAUGAUCCUCCACAUACUAACCGCAUCACCAACCCACGCUACCCACGCCCACACCUCCGCCAUGUCCGCCGGCUUCCGAGAAAGCGGAAUCCACAGCAUCCUUCCACCCAACUCAACCGCCGAGCACACCGCAACGCCUCUCGUGGCGAUCCGCACAGCAGGGCUUGCAUUCUCAAGUAUAGUCGGGUACCUUUCUCCAUCAGAUGAGUCGAUCGUGCCCAUGGUGCCGCCGGCUUACUUGUCUACCUUGCUGCGACUUGCGAACCAACGCUUCGAGCUGAACGCUGAACGUACGGAGCGUUUUCGGAGGGCUUUGUUGGGAUUGGAUGUUAAGACAACUGUGAAGGAGGGAGAUGGACCGCAUGGAAAGUGGGAGGAUGCGGAGGCGAGGAAGGAGAGGAAGCGAAGGGAAGGUUUGCAGAGAAGGGAUGAGGUUUUGAAGGCAAGAGAGAAGACCGACGACGGCGUGGUAGAUGAUGUGGUCAGCGGCCUUUCAGAUUUGGGAGGAGUCGAGCACGUGGAGAGAUGA